AUGAAGAACACGGCACGAAGCGUCGCUUUGCCGCACUCUGGAAACACAGGGAUCAAAAUCAGCGUCCAAAAUCCCACACAUCCUCGUGCUAAGGGAAACGUCAAAUGGUACGAAGACCUUCUGGCACAAGAAGGUGUCAAGAAAGCUGAUAUGAGGAGAGCACUAGAACCAAUAAGAAACAUGCGGCCUGCCAGUGUUCUUGGCAAUCAGGAACGUACGAUUUACGAGGCUCUCUGCAGGAAUGAAGUGCCCGUGAGUCCAAAGGAGAUCUCGAAACUCUAUUGUUACUACAAACGAGACAGACCGUUCUUGGUGUACGCCCCAAUCAAGGUCGAAAUCAAGAGAUUCAAUCCGUUGGCGGUUCUUUUCAAGGAAGUAGUAAGUGAUGAUGAAAUCGAGGUUAUUCAGGAACUGGCCAAACCAAAGUUGGCUCGUGCUACUGUCCACGAUGCCGCUACGGGUAAUCUCAUCACUGCCACCUACAGAAUCAGCAAGAGUGCAUGGCUGAAAGGAUGGGAGGACGAGGUUGUGGAUCGAGUGAAUAAACGACUCGAUAUGAUGACCAACCUUGAAAUGGAAACCGCUGAAGAACUACAGAUUGCCAACUAUGGUAUCGGUGGCCAUUACGAUCCCCACUUUGACCACGCACGAAAGGAAGAGACGAAAUCAUUCGAUUCGCUGGGUACCGGUAACAGAAUUGCCACUGCGCUAUUCUACAUGUCACAGCCUGUCCAUGGAGGUGCUACUGUCUUCACUGAUAUCAAAUCUACUGUGAUGCCAACUAAGAAUGAUGCAUUGUUCUGGUACAAUCUGCUGAAACAAGGAGAUGGAGAUGUUAGGACACGUCAUGCCGCUUGUCCAGUCCUGGUUGGAGUGAAAUGGGUCUCAAACAAAUGGAUUCACGAACGAGGCAACGAGUUCCGUCGCCGCUGUGGCGUUAAGAUGUCAGACUAUGAACGAUUUGUCGGAGAUCUUGGCUUUGGUCCAGAGCCUAAAGACGCUCCGAAUUUGAGUCCGAUUUUGUCUAAGGACAUAUUCAACACCAUCUAA